AUGACAUCUGUACCAACCGAACUUUAUAAUCAGAAUUAUAGUCAAUUUUCAUCAACACCAAUGAAAAACCUUGAUAAUACAGAAGAAAUUAUUUCAAAUAAAUCUCAACGUGAAUUGGGUAUUAUUGAAAAACUUUGUUCAACUUAUGGUUUUGUCUAUUGUUGUCAUCGUGAUGGUCGUUAUUUUUUUCACUUUAGUGAAUAUAAAAAUGAUAUACAACAAGCUAAAAUAGGAGAUGUUGUUGAAUUUGAAACAACAAUUGAUAAACGAAAACAAAAACCAGUUGCUAUUAAUAUUAUACCUGUUAGUUCGGAAAUAAUCGGUGAAAAUCGUGUUGAAGGUACAAUUGCAGUAGUUGCUCGACAACAAUCACAAAAUAAUGGCUUUGAUCAGUUAAGUUUUAUGCCCGAUGGCAAAGUUACGUAUGUUAAAAAAGGUGAAACUUAUUUUUUACCAUAUGGUAUAGCAGAUCUUCAAGAUCCAUCUAUUUCAAUUGAAUUUGGAGAUCAAGUAACUUUUAAUGUUGGUCAAGAUCGUCGUACAAAUCAAUUUUUUGCAAGAAAUAUUGCAUUAAUUAAAAAUGUAAAUUCCCCAGUAUCAACUGUAAAACGUUCUCGUGGUGUUAUAUCAACAAUGAAAGAUAGUUUUGGUUUUAUUGAACGAGAAGAUGCACUUAAAGAAAUAUUUUUUCAUAUAACUGAAUUUGGACCUAAUGUAGCAACAAAUACAAUUCAACCAGGUGUGGAAGUAGAAUUUGAUAUUCAAGAUAGACAUAAUAAAGAAGUGGCUAUAAACAUAGUUAUAUUACCAAAAGGUACAGUGCAGUUUGAUGAAAUAGAUAAAAUACUAUAUAUUGGUCGAAUCUUACAACCAUUACAAAUCAAACCAAAAAAAUCAAAUGAAAUAUUAACUGGCCGUUUACUUUAUGAUACAUUAGACAAUAAAAUGUCUGAAUUAUCAUUUGGUGAACGAGAUCGUUGUGGUUUAUAUACAUUACUUGAAAAUGAUAUUGUUCAAUUUGUUAUUGCUAAAGAUAAACGUGAUGGUAUGAUGCGUGCUACACAAAUAUCUUUACUUGAUCAAAGUUUUCUUAAAUCAAAAGAACAACGAGAAAUGGGUAUUGUUAUUAAAUUAGAUAGUACAACAGGUGGUCAGAUUAAAUGUUUAUCAUCAGAUCAAAUAAUUCCAUUUCGAUUUACUGAAGUAAUGAAAGAUAAUUUUCAAAUAAGUGAAGGUGAUCUAUUAGAAUUUUCAUUAGCUAUUAGUGCAAAUAAUGGGGAUUUACCACAUGCAAUACGAAUUAAAUUAUUACCAAAAGAUAAUUUAUUAACUAUGAUAAAUGGUCGUGAAUUACGAUUAACAGGUAUUAUUGAACGUGAUCCACAAGAUGGACGAACCGAACGAAAUAAUCGUGGAAAUGAUGUACAAUCUACAAAUGAAAAUAAAGUACAACAAACACAUAGUAAUGAUUCAAUAUCAAAUUCAACAAAUCGUCAACAAGAUUUCGGUAUUAUUCGAUAUAUAUGUGAUGGAAUAGAAUCUACAAUUCAAUUUUUAUCGACAAAUAUAAGUUAUACAUCAACAUUAUAUUGUGGUGAUAAAGUUGAAUUUACAUUGGCAACAGGUAGUAAAUUAGCAACAAAUGUAACAUUAAUUGAACGAAAUCGUAUUCAUGGUUGGAUUGCAAUUAUUCGUGAAGGAAAAGGUUUUAUUGAACAAAAUAAUAAUACAACGAAUAAUAUUGAACCAGUUGCAUUUACAACUAAUUCAUUUACAAAUGAUACUACACUAAUCGAUUUAGGUGAUGAAGUUGAGUUUAGUUUAAGAAAAAUUUCUGGCCGUUUAACAGCUGAAAAUAUUGUUAAAGUACCAACAACUAUUCAUAAUUUCUAUUCAGUACUUCCAACAAUUCAUCGUGGUCGUGUUGUAUCACCUGUACGAAUGAUAACAAAUGAUGAAUGUGAAAUACUUGGUCGAAUUCAAAAAUUAAAUGAUGAUGGUAUUCCAUGUGAAUGUUAUACAUAUAGUAUAACAGGUGUUAAAAAUAAACGAGUUAUUUUAUUACCAAAUGAUUCAGUAACAUUUUCUGUUGCUGUUGGACUUGAUUAUUCAACACGUGCUGUGAAUAUUGUUUUAGACAAUGAAAUACGUAAAGGAAAAAUUGAUACAGUUAAAGGACAGUUUGGUUUUAUUGAUUUUGCAUGUGAAGAAAAUAAAAAAAUAUUUUUUCAUAAUUCAGAAAUUGAUGGUGGUUUUGAAUUACGACCCGGUGAUGAAGUUGAAUUUUAUGCUCAAUAUAAUUUAAAAAGUGGUAAGCCAUGUGCAAGUAAAUUACGUCGAGUUAAUAAUCUUCAACGACCUGAUCGAUUAAUUACAAAACUUAAAUCAAUUAAUCUUGAUGAAACUAAACGUCAAAAAUUAAUUAUUGUUCGACAGCCACGUAAUGCUGAUGAAAAAUCAAAAGGAUUUACAAGUAUUCGUAUUGAACGUGCACCUGGAGUAUUAAUAAAAAGUCAACAAUAA